UUGGUUUAUGGUAUUGUCAGUCGUCGCCCCUCCCCGUCACAUGAUCAAUUAAACAUGGCUGAGGACGGGGAACGUGUUGACGGUAUAAAUACCUCAGAAAGCGGCAUGUCUUUAAAAAAAGUUCUCUCCGGUGCCUCUCCGCUGUCACUGAAAAUAAUCGCUGAAUGCCCAGUGACGAAAGCCAGAGCAUGUGAUCUGGCUCUACCACACUCCACUGUCAGCACCCCGGUUUUCAUGCCGGUCGGAACACAGGGGACACUGAAGGGAAUCACCGUGGAUCAGCUGGAGAGUCUAGGUUGUCAGAUUUGUCUUGGAAACACGUACCACCUCGGCAUGCGACCGGGUCCCGAUUUGAUCGAAAAAGCCAAUGGGUUACAUGGUUUCAUGAACUGGAAGAGGAAUCUUUUAACAGACAGUGGAGGUUUUCAGAUGGUGUCGCUUGUGGAACUUUCAAAGGUCACUGAAGAGGGGGUCCAGUUCAAGUCCCCCUAUGAUGGCAAAGAGAUCUUACUCACUCCCGAGAGGUCCAUCGACAUACAGAACAGUCUGGGAUCAGACAUCAUGAUGCAGCUGGAUGAUGUGGUCAGCAGUACUGUGAAGGGACCACGGGUGGAGGAGGCCAUGCAUCGAUCUAUUCGCUGGUUGGAUCGCUGCAUUAAAGCCAAUAAAAAUCCAAACAAACAGAAUCUUUUUGCCAUCAUUCAGGGAGGACUGGAUGCAGAGCUGCGCAAAGCCUGUCUGGAUGAAAUGACCAAACGGGAUGUUCCCGGCUUUGCUAUCGGAGGCUUGAGUGGAGGAGAGGAGAAGGAUGACUUCUGGCGGAUGGUCACUUUGAGCACUGACCAUCUGCCACGAGAAAAGCCUCGCUACCUCAUGGGCGUUGGGUAUGCCGUGGAUUUGGUGGUGUGUGUCGCGUUGGGAUGUGAUAUGUUUGACUGUGUCUUCCCAACACGCACGGCAAGGUUUGGUUCUGCUUUGGUACCUUGGGGAUCGCUCCAGGUGAAACAGAAGCAGUAUGCCAAAGACUUCCAGCCCAUAGACCCAGACUGUCAGUGUCCCACCUGCAAGAAUCAUAGUCGAGCUUUCCUUCAUGCUCUGUUUAAAAGUGACACAGCAGCUAUGCAUCACAUCACCAUCCACAACAUUUCCUACCAGCUCACCCUGAUGCGCUCUGUAAGGCAGAGCAUUGUGGAGGGCCGUUUCCCAGAGUUUAUACGGACAUUCAUGAAGAGAAUGUUCCCUUCUCGUGAGCAGUACCCGGGCUGGGCCGUGGAGGCUUUGGCCUCCGUCAAUGUGGUUUUGGAAUAGAGCAGCUGAAUGGACACGUAUAACAGAGACUGAAAGACAGAUUUAGUCAUUUUAAAUGACCUUUUUAUAGGUGAAUGUUUUCUACUCUUUGGUCAUGUUUUUUUUACGCAUUUCUAAUCUUGCUGCCGGUGAGGAGAGCUGCUGUGAAAGAGCCAGACGGUCUUAUCCAACAGCCGGCUCGUGAAUACUCCUGGAAAUUGUCCUCUUUGUUUUGCAUUGUGAUAAUGUCAGAUUAAAUGGCGUUUAAACGAGGUUCAAAAUGCAUUGACCAUCUCCUCUGAAACACUGAUGCUUUCCUUCGUUACCAUGGCUACACUGCUAUGCCCACCUACUUGAAUUUUUUUUUUAUCUUCCCGAUAACCACCACACUUUCUCUGUGGCAGAGUAUAUUGUUGACUAUUCUUGUUGUAGCUCUAUUGAUCUGUUCCGGUAUUUUAACCUGCAUCCCUGCAUAUUUUUACUUGUCAAUCUACUAGUUGAUGAGCGUGUCCUGCUCCUACUGAGAAACGGAUGUAGUAAUCUGCAGAUGUACGUCUGCACCAUAAUGACCACCAGAGGGCGAAAUGGAUGGAACCCAAAGGACUUGUGUUGUAGGGUUUCUAACAGAGUAUAAGGCAGAUCCAGUGUCUAAACUGUGUGAAAUCAUCUUGUGAUCUCUUGUAAUUCAUUUGAACGACACUCAAUUAACCUUUUCAACUGUCUGCAUAAACGUGUUGUUUGGGGCUUACAGGAGUACCGCCGUAUAAAGCCAAGGUUGUGGUUCAUUACUAUUAAUUAAUGGAAGUUAAUUUGAAUAACACCUGUUAUCUGGGGCCUCCUGUCAACAGUCUUCCUGAGCACUACAUUUGAAUGUCAUUACUCCUGCUCUAAUUACUGGAGGCUCAGAAAUAAUCCUGUUUAAUUUUCUUAACAGACAAACUGAUACAUAGUGCAUAAGUGAAGUGCUGCAUUACAAAUGGUGUGUUUGUGCAUAAUGAGGGAGUUUGCAAGUAAUGUGCCCUUAAUUACAUUUGUUUAUUCAUAAGUAUUCGUAAGAGACGAACAGAAGAUCCAUUAAGGCUGUUGAAAGUAUAUAUAGAUUUCAUAGAGCCACUUUUUGUAUGUUUACAUCCUUCUGGCGCACACUCAGAAACAUUUCACAUCAUUUCAGUUUUUGACUACGUUCAAACGGAUAACACGCACCUUAUUAAAA